AUGGAUGAAGUCAACCCAGAUUGCCAGCUGAAAGGCAAGACCAACUUUAUCAGUUGGAAACGCGAGUUUGAGCGAGCAGCCAGAGCAAAUGAUGUGCUUGAGUUUCUCACGGGCGAAGAAGUCGUCCCUCCGAAACCCAACAAGGAUGAAUACUUUGUGAAGGCCUUUGGCACCGAAGCUCGUCGGUCCACUCGGAUUAAGAAAAGCUUAAGUCCGACGACCGACGACGAAAAUGAGACGGAUGAUGGCCAGGCAGUUGUCUUGACGACCAACAACACACUCCGAUAG